AUGGUGUGGUACCAAGCAUGCACUGUCUCAUUAACACUUCUUUUAAUUGCUUCAUUGGAAAUGACAUUAGCAGGUGAUGCAAAUGAAAGAUUCAUGAACUGCUGUAAUCAGAAGAAAGACAUCAACCAUUGGUGUAAAAUGAAGCUAUGCACAUUCAAUGCAACUUCUGAACAGGUCUUAGAUACUUAUCCUUUUUGCACAAUAUUUGGUAAUACAAUGGCGGAUAUAUGGCAGUGUGCUGGCGCAGGCUACGAUCAUACGAAAUGUUGUACAAAAAGCGGAGUGCCGCCAAAUUGUCGAGCCUAUUGUAAUGGUAAAUCAAUAAAAAACAUUGAAGACCUUAGUUGUAUUUAUUACACCGAUCCGAUUCUGGCUUGUUUUAAAAAAUAUUAUGAAAGUAAUACUUUUCCUGCAAAACUGAAAAACUGA